AUGCUUGCUGCCUUCCUGAUCGCCAUCGCCGGCCCAGGCUCCUCUUCGCCCCUCGCCCCUCGCCAGAGCUUCGCCGGCGAUACUGAGAAUGGUCUCACGGGACUAGGCACAGUCCUCAACCCCUGCGUUGAUAACAUUGUCAUUUUUGCUCGUGGCACCACUGAGCCAGGCAACGUGGGCACCCUCGUCGGCCCCCCCUUCUUCGAAGCCUUCGCCAACAUAGUCGGCAACAGCAACCUCGUCGUCCAGGGUGUUGACUACCCCGCCAACAUCGCCGGGUUCCUCGAGGGCGGUGAUCCGGCUGGCUCCAAGACGAUGGCGUCGGACAUCGAGCAGGCGCUUAGCGACUGCCCCGGGGCCAAAGUCAUCAUUUCGGGCUACAGCCAGGGCGGCCAGCUUGUGCACAAUGCGGCCAACCUGUUGUCUAGCGAUAUCACGGCCCAGAUUGCUGGAGCCAUUAUUUUUGGCGACCCAGACAAUGGCACGGCUGUCACUGGCAUUUCUGCCGCCGACACGGAUGUCUACUGCCACGUAGGCGACGACAUUUGCUUGGGCGGCGACCUGGUCCUCCCGCAACACUUGACAUAUGCGGAUGAUGCCGACGCUGCGGCCCAGUUUGCCGCUGCGCUGCCCUAA